AUGGCCGAUUUGGAACAGCUCACCGUUCGUCAACGACUCAAAAAGGCCAUCCAGGGCUACCAUGCAGUGCUUGCGUCGCCCCAGCGGCAGGAUCUGGCGCAAUUCCAGAAACUACUCAAAACCCAGAUCGAGGAGUUUUCCACCUUGCAAAGCAUUGUCGAUAGCCUUUCCCUCUUCAGUAGCAGCGAGCUGCUCCGGGAAAUCAAUUCUGCAUAUCUCCCGUUUCUCUCGGUGCCGUUCUAUCUGGCAGAGCUUCUCUCGAAGUUUCAGGGGAACGAAAACGGAGAGUAUUCCGUGGAUGACGAGAGGAAAUGGACGUGGAAGGGGGACAAUUUGGUGCGCGCAAAACAAGUGGCUGCUUCUUUCCUCAUGUCGCUCCAUGCAAUCGGCGGCAUCUUGUCGGAGUCUCAAUCGAAGCGUCUCAAUUCAUUUUCAAAUGCAUAUGAUCCAUCGCCCGAGGAGCUUUCGCGGCUGAUGGGUGAUCCCGCAUCACGUAGGGCACAGAAGAUCAGUGAGUUUAAGGAAGAGUCUGCGCUCAACAAAAAACUUGCCAUUUUGGAUGACUACUAUAAUGAUACCAAUCCGGAAGAAGGAGACCUAUUUGAAUCCAUGGAUGAGGAGGUGGUGCGUCAGAUAUACCUUGACCAGUUAAAGCUCCAGGCAAUCCGUGCAUUUGGCCUUAUGGAGGCCGUUUCGAUGGAGGCCCAGGUUCUCGCCAAUCGCCCCACACACUCUUCCGAACAGAAGGAAGCUGCCGAUUCAAGAGUUCUGUCAAAACUAGACGCUUUUGACUACACGUCGAGGGUGGAAAGAGACCCAACAAAGGCUACCGCAGUCUCGGAACUCAUCAACAAACAAGGACGGGUCCUCCAGCCGUUCGUCAUCACUAAUAAAAGAGAAGAGCUCCGCAAACAGGUUUUCGGAACCGGCCAGGUGCUUCCCAGCAUGUCAGUCGAGGAAUACUUGGACUACGAGCUUGCAAACGGAAAGAUGCUCAAGGGCGAGGCUCCUGGCGCCGAGGAUAGUGAUGAGAGUGACGACAGCGACGAAGAAUUACGUAAACGAGAGUGGGACGAUUGGAAGGAUGACAACCCGAAGGGAAGUGGCAAUAUGAAGGCCAACUUGGGCUGA